AUGCCGCAAUCCACAAGGAAAAUCAGUAAAUGGGCCUGUGAUGCGUGCAAGCUGCGCAAGGUCAAAUGCUCGAGUGAAACGCCAUGUCAGGGCUGCAUCAGUGCCGGCAUUCCAUGCACUUUCAACAAGCGCCCGUUGGCGCGAGGCCCGAGAAGCCUACGGGCCAAAACGAUUCAUCGGAUCAACGCGAGUCAGCAGCAACAUGAGCUGCGACGAGAAGAGAACACUUAUACAGAGAGUUCCAAUGUAGAUGAGGACCCGACAAAUCACCCAACGUCAGGCAGGAUAUCAUCGACACCCUCGCCAUCCCAUACAGAGAUUCCGAGCUCCACUACGUCUGAUCCACCAGCUUCCACACCAGAACGACACACAAGUAAUGAGCCAUGCCGAGUAUCAACAUCAUCAUUAGUCCUGCAACUUUGUGUCUAUCGACUGCGUUUGUUUCCAGUAUGGCCCAUCGUGGACGUGGAAGAGAUCAUGGGAUAUCUCCAUCGUGACCCGGACAACACCGAUGCGUAUGCCUUGGCAAACGCACUUGGGGCGGCAACUAUCGCCCAGCUGAAGCUUGACAGCCCUGAGACCGGAAACAUGGCAUUGGCGGCUUCGAUGGAGGCAGAAUGCCAGAGCGCCAUCGAACUACUUCGCCGAAGGCAGCGAAGUGAGGAAUUAACUACCAACUCUAUUCGCGUAUCAUUUUUUCUACACGUCUACCAUGAGAACAGCGCACCGGGAGGGACACGGUCUUUACUUUACCUACGAGAAGCAAUCAGUAUGGCCCAGAUCAUGGGCUUACAUCGUGAAGCAAGCUACUCAUCUUUGACAAGCCGCGAGCAGCGAAUGCGACAGCGAAUUAUGUCUCUGCUUUUUGUGACUGAAAGAGGAGUAGCAAUGCUUCACAAGUUGCCCGUCAUCCUGCAAUUCAACAGCCGAUUCGCCAAUCUCGACGAGUGCGAUGAUGAGACCCACGUCCUGCCGGCUUUCAAGAAGCUGGUUACCCUCUUUGCGUUGAUUGACCAGUCGGGCGUGUUUGAUUCGCUUCACAAUUCGGAUGAAGUUCAGGCAGGGGACAGCUUAUACAACAUCAAUCGAAGCACAUUCAGCAGUCUCCAAAGCCAGUUGCGAGAAGCUGCGUUCCAAUUGCGCGAGACGAACGAUAUCCAAAUGGCAGAUAUAUGGGUAACAACCCAGUGGAUGCAAGCGAUGUUGUGGAGAGCGUCAAUGAGCAGAAGGUUUGCAUCACUCGACUUGCCUCAACAGCAAAUCUCGAAUCUUUCGCACCCAAUACAGAUUGCGAAAGACUUUUUAGAAGCAAUAUCCCGGCUUCCCAGCUCCGCACUCGAGGCUCACGGUCCUGCGAUGGAAUACAAAAUCUUUGAAAUUGCCAAAGCUGUGACCGACUCUGUGGCAACGGGGCUCAACGAUCCGAUGAUCUCGAUAGAACUUUCGAGAGACGUUCUUCAUCGGCUACAGAACAAGCUAGCCUCAUUCCGGGGCGGCAACAAAAAUCUUCUCUCUCUGCUUCAUGCUCGUAUCUCUGCGGCGCUACUUGACUCGAACCAACGGCCUUACAACGGCUCCAUGUCUUACGAAGGCUUUCCCACAUCAUUCUAUCGCCAAGGAAGGGCUCUUCUGCAGUCAGACCCUAGAAAUCAGUCUAUGGCCUUUGGGGGGCCUUUGGGCGACACCGGAAAUUGGACCAUUGGAACUACACAAAAGAUCUCCAUUGCGUCCACUGAUAAUGUGCCCCCAUUCCAAUGUCUACCCGGGGAUUUUGACUUGGCGGAAGCGCUGCAGGCUCCGAACCAGAAUACAAUUCUCUCUAAUGCUCUUGCGGACCUUGACACUACCCGGGCUAUGGAGCUUCUGUUCGCUAAUAGUGCCAUGUGGGAUUCCGUUGAGACAUGGGAUUUCCAGAUGCCAGACCGAGAGGUGGCGGAAUGUAUAUAA